GAAAAUACCUAAGUAACACCUCCCAAUACUAUAUAAGAAACUCAUAAUUAUCAUCAUUUUGUGUUGAUUUAGAGUAUUUUCUCAACCCACUCUCAACCAUAUUAUCACCCAUAAAAAAGCUCAACAACAUUAUUCUGCUCCUUCUCUUUUUUCAAAAGGAAACAUAGUUUGAUUGAUCAACGAUGAAGAUCGAGGUGAAAAAUUCAACGAUGGUGCAGCCGGCGACGGAGACGCCGCAACUGAGGCUGUGGAACUCUAAUGUGGAUUUAGUAGUGCCUAAUUUCCACACGCCUAGUGUUUAUUUCUAUAGGCCAACGGGAUCCCCAAAUUUUUUUGACGGAAAAGUGCUUAAGGAGGCACUAAGCAAAGCCCUAGUGCCGUUUUAUCCGAUGGCUGGGAGACUGUGCAGGGAUGAAGAUGGCCGUAUUGAGAUUGAUUGUAAAGGUCAAGGUGUGCUGUUUGUGGAGGCUGAGUCCGAUGGUGUGGUGGAUGAUUUUGGCGAUUUUGCGCCGACGUUGGAGCUCCGGCGACUUAUUCCGGCCGUUGAUUACUCACAAGGAAUCGAAUCUUAUGCUCUCUUAGUAUUGCAGAUAACACAUUUUAAAUGUGGGGGAGUUUCCCUUGGAGUGGGCAUGCAACAUCAUGCAGCAGAUGGAGCUUCUGGUCUUCACUUCAUCAACACAUGGUCCGACAUGGCUCGUGGUUUGGACCUAACUAUCCCACCUUUCAUUGAUCGUACCCUCCUCCGUGCUCGUGAUCCACCUCAGCCUCAAUUCCCCCACGUCGAGUACCAGCCACCUCCCACUCUCAAGACAACAGAAGAAAAUGUGCCCAUUGCAGAAACUGUUCCUGAAACGAGUGUGUCAAUCUUCAAACUAACCCGGGAUCAAAUCAAUACCCUCAAAGCUAAGUCCAAAGAAGAUGGAAAUACUGUAAACUACAGCUCAUAUGAGAUGUUGGCAGGGCAUGUGUGGCGCUCCACUUGUAUGGCACGAGGACUCACUCAGGAUCAAGAAACCAAGUUGUACAUAGCAACUGAUGGGCGUGCUAGGCUCCGACCUUCUCUUCCACCAGGCUAUUUUGGUAAUGUGAUAUUCACUGCCACUCCUGUUGCUGUUGCUGGUGAUCUCCAAUCAAAGCCUAUUUGGUAUGCAGCCAGUAAAAUCCAUGAUCAAUUGGCUAUAAUGGACAAUGAUUACUUAAGAUCAGCUCUUGAUUAUUUGGAAUUGCAGCCUGACUUGAAGGCUCUAGUCCGCGGUGCACAUACAUUUAAGUGCCCGAAUUUAGGAAUAACUAGCUGGUCUAGGCUGCCUAUCCAUGAUGCUGAUUUUGGAUGGGGUAGGCCAAUAUUUAUGGGACCUGGUGGUAUUGCUUAUGAAGGGUUAAGCUUUAUAUUGCCAAGUCCCAUCAAUGAUGGCAGUCAAUCAGUUGCCAUCUCUCUGCAAGCAGAACAUAUGAAACUUUUCGAGAAGUUCUUGUAUGACAUUUGAAAGAAGCCGCUUUCUUGUGCUGCUUUGAUUGGGAUUUACAAUCACGGAUAUGUAAAAGAGACUCCCUUUUAUCUUUUUUUCAUUAGAGGUUGUUCUUUGUUUCUUAUUUGUUUGCCUGGACAUCAGUUUUAUUUCUGAUUCUAUGAUGCAUUGAUUAUAUACUCAAAGUUACACUGCUAGUGUUACAUGUCUGUGAAGGACCUCAAUCUUUUUCACUUCCACAAAUGUGGCAAGAUGUUAACUCAGAAGCUCCUAGUAGGAUUGUAGUAGUAGAUAUCUUUUAUUUGCUAAUAUUCCUUAGUAUCUUUUUAUACAAUCUGGAAAUAUAAUAUUA